UGUUGGUCCACGCGGCCGUCAGGAAGGUUGAAUUUAGUCGCUCUCUUUCUGCGCCUACAUCACUGAACUCGGACUGAAAACAGUGACGAAAUCGGAAAAUUUCAGAUUGAUUAACGAACCUUGAUAAGCGUAAAAAUACUUUGAGCGCGUUCUUGCCGUCUUGAAGAAACACAGCCACCAUUUUGCUACGGGAAAGGAAGGAGCUAAGAAAAAGGUACAAAUAACGAAAGAUAGAGAAAGAGAGAGAAAAUAAAAGUGCCAAGAACACUAAAGAUAACGAAAUAAAGUGAUAUAAAAAAAGGAGAGACAGACGGACAUAGACGGACAAAGCGAAAGAGAGAGAGAGAGAGAAGAGAAGAAUAAAUCAGACAAGAGCUCACGACCGUCUUCUUCAGCAACUAUGAAGACCUACGCGACCCUUGCAUGCGUGGUCAUCAGCAUCUUCUUGUUCACAGGAGGCUCGGCAGGGCAGCAGCAGGUUGAGUCCGUCUCGCAGGCCGCCGCCAGACAGAGCGUCGACGUCGGUGCCUUCGGUGUCCUUCGGGACGGCGUCCAGAGCGACGUGCCCAGCGGCGGCGGCGGCGGCGGCGGGGCGUCCCAGCUGAACAAGGUGAGCCGCCAGCACCACGACUGCAACAACAACGACAUCACGGAAUGCGUCGGUCUGCUCGAGGCUCUGACCAACGAGGACCUGGGCUUCGCGGCCACCGUCUUCGAGCUCAAUGAGAUGUGCCCAGUGCUGUUGAAGGGUCUGCUGUGCAUUGACAACUACACCCGUCGCUGCCUCACGCACAGCCACAGAGAGUACUUUAACAAGCUGUACGCGGGGACCAUCAGAGUGAUCAAGGACUUGUGCAACUCGCAGGGAAAGUACCAGCAAGAGUACAUCCGCCACGCCCCCUGCAUGCGCACCGUGAACUCGGAGUACAACCUCUGCUCCGAGAUCUACCACCAGAAAACCGCUGACCUCAACCACAUCAGCGAUGCCGUGGCCACCCUGGACGACGAGGAGAAGAACCGCAACGUCAUCACGCUCUGCUGUUCCUUCCAGGAGUACCUGCAGUGCUCGGAGCGCGUCGUGUUCGACACCUGCGGCAACGAGACGGCUUCGUUCACUAAGGAGUUCCUCGACCGCAUGGCAGGACCCAUCGUGCAGGACAUUUGCCAAGCGUUUUCCUUUCGCGCGUCCUCGUGCCCGGAAGCCCCCGCCGCCCGGCCUGGCACUCACUCUGCGCGGGGAUCUGCAGGCACUCGCGGGGGCUCUGCGGGCGCCGGCGGGGGAUCAGGCGCUGAUUCCCGGGGAUCGGCGGCCGGGGAGCCACAGGCGGCCCAGCGGCCCCGCCAGGCUGACAACAGCACGCAGGCUUUGGCCGGGGAUUCCGAAGGGCAGGUGCAAGUGCUCGGGGCGGACGGGGGGGAGGGGGAGCCUCCGCCCGCCCCCUCCCCUCCACGCUCACACGCCCACACGCCCACGACACUCGAUUCCGCACCGAGGGUCCACUCUCGUGUAUCGCCCUCGCGGAGUGCGGGCGAGGGCGCACUCCAGGGUCGCCCUCAGACUGAGGAGGGCCGAGACCCGCUUCGUCAGGAAGAUCCCCCCGCGCCGGAGGCGAGGGAUGCCCAGCAGGAGGGGGAGGGCGAGGCGGCCUCCCCUGCCUCCUCUUCCACGGUACAGUCUUCUACCAGCAGUAGGCUUGCGGUCCCGCCGGCCAGGCAGCGCGGCGGCUCUCGCGUCGGGUUGCAUGAAAUCUCGGGGCAGGAGACGCGCCUGCUGGACCUGCUGAGCUUCAUGUCGGGCGCCCUCGGGCCCCGCGUGAGGCGGCGCGCGCAUGGCUCUCCCUCCAACCGAAUGAAACUCGAUAGUCAAGACGGCGCGCCCAGCCGAAAGCUCCUGCACGACCUAACUCUCGCUCCUCCUUUCGCUGCUCCCCCCUCCCCCUCUCCCUCUCCCUCUCAGCCAAGCGGGCACUCUGACACCCCGUUGCGCUCUGUCCUACCAGCAGCCUCCACAAACGCUUCAGACGUAGACUCGGCUCUCUCUGCUUCAACUCUUACUAGUUCUCCUUCUGCCGCAUUCUCAACAUAUCCCGACUUUCGCCCCACAACACAAGCCAUAACACUUCGCGACCAGACGCCAGAGGCCACCUCCUCCAGUCUCCAGACGCGGACACCAAGGGCUGAGCCUGCAGGAGCCACGAAUGGAGGCGCGGCUGCUAGCGCUACCCCCCCUGGAAGCAACGCUUCGAUUUCAGCGCGUCCGCCUCGAAUAAAAAUCCCCAUUCGCUUCAGGGGCGCAUUUCGCCGGCGAUUCCCGGGCAGGGGUGCUCGGCGCCCGGACUCGGAAGCGGGCGGCGGGCAGCAGACCAGACGGCGACGGCCGCUUCGCAGGCGAAGACCAAGACCAGGACAAAAUACGACAAAUGGAGGCAGAAGAUGGCCUGUGAGGAGACCCAUCCUCAGAAGACCCGGGACGACAGACGAGGCAGGCUCACCUGGCGAAGAGAAAGGGGCUUUGGACAGAAAUGGCAGUCAUCCAACUUUGACAAACACCCGCCUGGGACGGCGAAGGAGAAUCAAGUAUAAUAAUAGUACAGGACAAAUUCCAGGACGGAGGCGGAGACCGGUCUAUAGGAGGCCGAGGAUCCGUCGGCCAGGUGAGGCACGGCGACCUGGUGGGCCCAGACGACCAGGUGGAGGAAGAAGUCGUUUGCCUGGUCAGAGGGAAUCCCAGGGGCCACGCAAACCAGCGGGUACCGUCUGGUCUGGGACUGUGCUUGAGGAAGAUACAGGGCAAGAUCAGUCCACCCAGAAAGGUCUAACCCCUGAGCAAGUGACUACGGAAACAGGUCAUUCUACCAGUGUCACGAGCCUCAAAGGAGUGAUAGAUAGAACACCAGGACGGACGCAGAUUCCAGAUACCACUACUGUGGGAAUUUCGCAUACUACUACCUCUACAGGAAUAACAAAAAUCUCCACACCAGGCACAAUUACAUCUACUAGAACAACUCAGACUACGCAGACUACGACCAACAAAGGAACAACCCCUCAGACAGAAGUAGUUGCCUCAGAGGAAAUUACGAAAGUCGACACUUCCUUUGGAAUGACGACAACAUCCGCAGGAACAGCGAAAACCUCUACUCUAGGGGGAACGAUGCAAACUACCAUUUCUGGAGGUACUACACAAACAGCUACAUCUGAGGGAACAGCAGGAAAUACUACAUCUACAGAAACUACUACCUCUGGAGGAACAACUAUUGUGCUUGAUGGAACGACGCUAACCACUGAACCUGAGAGAGCAACAGAAACGUCUCCAUUUGAAAGAACAACACAAACUAAAAUUUCCGAAGAAGUGACGCAAACUAAUACCCCCAAAGGAACGGCACCGACGCAUUUCUCCGAUAGGACGACACGACCUUCCACUGCAGGAACAACACAGAGCUCAACAUAUGCCUGGCCAACAAAGACUACCAGGUUUGAAACAACAAUACAAACAGAAGGGUCGCCAGAGACUUCCACCUCAAGUAGUACAACCCAGUCCUCUUCUAAAGGGACAACACAAACCACUCCUUCAGUAGGCCAUACAGUCCCCACAGGCGAUUAUGCUGACUAUGACUAUUACUACGAAGAGGAUGGUCUGGAGGAUUACGUUCCCUCUCAAGAUAACGGAAAAAGUUCUGCUAAGAGGCCCACUUCAGAAGAACCUCACACUUCACAACCAAGUGGCAGCGACCCGAUCGAUGACUAUUAUUACGACGCGACAAAGAAUGAUUAUGAGGAAUACCCUGAUGGAUACGACUAUGUGGACGCGGUGGAGGAGGACCUUGAGCUACCACCAGAGGUCUUCAACUGGUGGCUACGUCACCGCAUCCUGGAGGAGGUGGCUGAGGCCGUGAUUCCUGCCCCCACGCCCGUCCCGUACGUGGUCCAGCUUCGGCGGACACACGAGGCCAAGACCUACACGAGGCGGAAUUUCACCCCCGUCGUCAUGGACAUUUUUGACUCAGAUAUUUUCUUCCCCGCCGCGAAACCGGAUUCCUACAGUGACAUAGAGGACACAGGAUACCAUCUCACCAAGGUCGAGGAUGGUACAGGGACGGGUGGAGGAGAGGGACCUUCCACGGAAGAGGAGAGAAGCUCGACUGCAGGACCUGCCGGAGGGACGACAGUAGUGUACACACCCUCGCAUAGGGGUACCACACGUUAUGACGUCACAACUAGCAGUACUUCAGGGGGAGAUGGUGUCACAAUUGGCAGCACUUUAAAAUCUGAUAAUAUCACAGCUAGUACAGUUUCUAAGGCAGAUAACAUCACAACUAGCACCGUCUCAACGGCGGAUGACGUCACAACUAGCACCACUUCAAAAGCAGAUGACGUCACAACUAACACCACUUCAAAAACAGAUGACGCUACAACUAGCACCACUUCAAAAGCAGAUGACGUCAUAACUAGCACCCCUUCAAAAGCAGAUAACGUCACAACUAGCACCACUUCUAAAACAGAUGACGUCACAACUAGCACCACUUCAAAAGCAGAUGACGUCACAACUAUCACAUCAAAAGCAGAUGACGUCACAACUAGCACAUCAAAAGCAGAUGACGUCACGCUACAAUUAGCACCACUUCAAAAGCAGAUGACGUCACAACUAGCACCACUUCGAAAGCAGAUGACGUCACAACUAUCACAUCAAAAGCAGAUGACGUCACAACUAGCACAUCAAAAGCAGAUGACGUCACAACUAGCACAUCAAAAGCAGAUGACGUCACGACUAGCACAUCAAAAGCAGAUGACGUCACAACUAGCACCACUUCAAAAACAGAUGACGUCACAAUUAGCACCACUUCAAAAAUAG